GCCGCGCGCGCAGCGUCAGUCUCGCGCGGCAGCAGCGUGAGGAGGCAGCGAGCGCGCGCGUGUCCCGCAGCCCCGCUCCGCCGCCAUGGCCGCGUACCGCCUCGUCCUCGUCCGCCACGGAGAGAGCGCCUGGAACCUGGAGAACCGCUUCAGCGGUUGGUACGAUGCCGAUCUCAGCCCCGCCGGUCAGCAAGAAGCGAGGCGCGGCGGCGAGGCCCUCCGAGAUGCCGGGUACGAGUUCGACAUUUGCUUCACCUCGGUACAGAAACGGGCUAUCCGUACCCUGUGGACCGUCCUGGAUGCCAUCGAUCAAAUGUGGUUACCUGUUAUCCGGACUUGGCGCCUGAACGAGAGGCACUACGGAGCUCUCACUGGUUUGAACAAGGCUGAGACGGCGGCAAAGCACGGCGAGGCACAAGUGAAGAUCUGGAGGCGCUCCUAUGACAUCCCUCCACCUCCCAUGCAGUCGGAUCACCCUUUCUACAGCACUAUCAGCAAGGACCGCCGCUACGCUGACCUGACAGAGGACCAGCUGCCGACCUGCGAGAGCUUGAAGGACACCAUCGCCCGGGCUCUGCCUUUCUGGAAUGAGGAAAUCGUCCCACAGAUCAAAGAGGGCAAGCGAGUCCUUAUUGCUGCCCACGGCAACAGCCUGCGUGGGAUCGUCAAGCACCUGGAAGGCAUGUCGGAAGAGGCCAUCAUGGAGCUGAACCUGCCCACUGGCAUCCCCAUCGUCUACGAGCUGGACAAGAACCUGAAGCCCGUCAAGCCUAUGCAGUUCCUGGGCGAUGAGGAGACGGUGCGCAAAGCCAUGGAGGCUGUCGCUGCUCAGGGCAAGGUUAAGAAAUGAGGGCGGGCAGCAGGCUAGCACAUGUAGUAGAGCCCCCCUGCCGUCCCCACCCCUCUGUGCACACCCCCACAGCUGUAGGAACUUGGAGCUGCAGAGCUGGAGCAGCUCUCCAGGAUUAGGCCCGUUCCCUCGGGACCAGGCUCCCCUCUGCAGACAGCCCUGGGGCAAGGAGCUGUGUGUGUGGAGGCCUGGUGUGAAAGGCAGCUCCAGCUCUGCUGGCCAGCACCUGCAUACCUCUCUAUGCCCAGAUCCCAGCCCUUGGCCAUCUGCAGGGGGAUGUGCCGAGCAAUUCCCAGCGUGCCAGGCUCUUCCUCUGCUUUGCUUCCCCGGCAGCUCUCGUCACACGGUUACUGUAGUUUUGUUGCUUGGUUUAGUCAUCCCAGGAGCAGGGGGUGAGCACAGCGCAGGCAGCGACCAAGAUGGGUGCCCCAUCCCCUCGGGGGUGUGCGGCACAAGGACCGGGCGGCAUGGGCACUGGAAGGGUUGUAUUUCGGUGCAUGUGGUACUCAUAACUCUGGCUCUAGUUCUGCCAGCCCCUGCUUUAACUUAUUCAUUUUGGACGAUGGUGGGAGCCUGUCGUCUGGAGGUUUAUGUCUGCCACAUCUUUUCCCCAGCUGCAGCCCAUCCUGGUCCUGCUGCUGAAGCAGGUGCCUGUGCCCCAUCGCAUAUGUGUGUUCGUGGCCCUGUCGCUGGGGCAUCCCCCCGGCCAGCACUGUGAGCCUGGCCUUGCACGGGGUCAGUGUAUCUGUCCGACAAUAGCAGCUGUCUUGUUCCGGUUCAAUAAAGGAGUAACACGCA